UCCGAGGAUGGGGGCGAAGAUGGCGGAAGUGGCCAGGUUCUCCAACACAACUCACGAAAGUUUCAAUGUCACCCUCCACACCACCCUGGUUGUCACUACGAAACUGGUGCUCCCGACCCCUGCCAAGCCGAUCCUGCCAGUGCAGACGGGGGAGCAGGCUCAGCAGGAGGAGCAGUCGAGUGGCAUGACGAUCUUCUUCAGCCUCCUCGUCCUAGCUAUCUGCAUCAUAUUGGUGCAUUUACUGAUUCGAUACAGAUUACAUUUCUUGCCAGAGAGCGUUGCUGUUGUUUCUUUAGGUAUUCUCAUGGGAGCAGUUAUAAAAAUUAUAGAGUUUAAAAAACUGGCAAAUUGGAAGGAAGAAGAGAUGUUUCGUCCAAAUAUGUUUUUCCUUCUGUUGCUUCCACCUAUUAUAUUUGAGUCAGGAUAUUCAUUACACAAGGGUAACUUCUUUCAAAACAUUGGGUCCAUCAUCUUGUUUUCUGUUUUUGGUACAGCAAUUUCCGCCUUUGUAGUAGGCGGAGGAAUUUAUUUUCUGGGCCAGGGGUUUUUUUGUGUCUGUGUGUUUGUGUGUUUUAUUUUACAGGCUGAUGUAAUCUCUAAACUCAACAUGACAGACAGUUUUGCAUUUGGCUCCCUAAUUUCUGCUGUUGAUCCAGUGGCUACUAUUGCUAUUUUCAACGCACUUCAUGUGGACCCAGUGCUCAACAUGCUGGUUUUUGGAGAGAGUAUUCUCAACGACGCAGUCUCCAUUGUUUUGACCAACACAGCUGAAGGUUUAACAAGAAAAAAUAUGUCAGAUGUCAGUGGGUGGCAAACAUUUUUACAAGCCCUCGGCUACUUCCUCAAAAUGUUCUUUGGCUCCGCAGCGCUCGGCACUCUCACUGGCUUGAUCUCUGCCUUAGUGCUCAAGCACAUUGACUUGAGGAAAACGCCUUCCUUGGAGUUCGGCAUGAUGAUCAUUUUUGCGUACCUUCCUUAUGGGCUCGCGGAAGGAAUCUCACUCUCGGGCAUCAUGGCCAUCCUGUUCUCAGGCAUCGUGAUGUCCCACUACACGCACCAUAACCUGUCCCCGGUCACCCAGAUCCUCAUGCAGCAAACCCUCCGGACCGUGGCCUUCUUGUGCGAAACAUGUGUGUUUGCAUUUCUUGGCCUGUCCAUUUUUAGUUUCCCUCACAAGUUUGAAAUUUCCUUUGUCGUCUGGUGCAUAGUGCUUGUACUGUUCGGCAGAGCGGUGAACAUUUUCCCUCUUUCCUACCUUCUGAAUUUCUUCCGUGAUCAUAAAAUCACACCGAAGAUGAUGUUCAUCAUGUGGUUUAGUGGCCUGCGGGGCGCCAUCCCCUACGCCCUGAGUCUGCACCUGGACCUGGAGCCCAUGGAGAAGCGGCAGCUCAUCGGCACCACCACGAUCAUCAUCGUGCUCUUCACCAUCCUGCUGCUGGGCGGCAGUACCAUGCCCCUCAUCCGCCUCAUGGACAUCGAGGACGCCAAGGCGCGUCGCCGCAACAGGAAGGAUGUCAACCUCAGCAAGACAGAGAAGAUGGGCAACACCGUGGAGUCGGAGCACUUGUCGGAGCUCACCGAGGAGGAGUACGAAGCCCACUACAUCAGACGGCAGGACCUCAAAGGCUUCCUGUGGCUGGACGCCAAGUACCUGAACCCCUUCUUCACGCGUCGGCUGACCCAGGAGGACCUGCACCAUGGGCGCAUACAGAUGAAAACCCUCACCAACAAGUGGUACGAAGAGGUGCGCCAGGGCCCCUCUGGCUCCGAGGACGAUGAGCAGGAGCUGCUGUGACUGAGCAGGGCCCCCGGCCCCCAGGAUGGACACCGAGCAAGGGCCUCAGGGUGCCUGCACUUGGCGGCCUCCUCAGGGAAGGCGAGGCAGGGUGAAGCCAAGGCGCUCUUAGCCCGGACCCCAGGCCCGCGGAGCCAGCCGGCUUCUCCUGAACACGUCCUCGCUCCCCGCCUCACUGAGCCGGACUGCUGCCCGCAGCGUCGCUCCCGGCUCACAGAUUAGAGGGAACACCUGUCUAGGUAAAUGUUUCCUUUUGCUUCUGUAGCCAAGGCAAAGAGCCGUCUGUCCAGCCGAGGUUCCCGGGAGGAGACGCCCUGCUGUGGCAGCUGCCGUGACUGGGAGUCCUCGGGGAGCGCUGGUUCCCAGCUCCCGCCCUCAGCACGACCCGGAGGAGCAGGGCGAGGAGCCCGCUGCCAGUUUCCUCCUGGUCAUCAAGGUGCCUCGGGCCUCAGCAGCAGCAAUUCUGACCUAAGUGACAGGCCCAGAAACCUUGAAAACCUCACACUCCCCUUUGCGAUGUUCCUCGUACACGCUGAGAAGAAAGACUGGGUGACCCUUUUCUUCCGUACCUCAGACCGGCGCCUCACGGGCUGCCCGCUGGCGGCAGGCCGCCGCUGCCUUCUCUGGGAAUGCUGUGAAUGUUUACACCGGUAGCCAGCACGCGGCUACCUGCCCCUGCCGAAGCUGCGCCCCGGGCUGGGGGAGCCUCCCUGUUCCGCGGGGCCAGAGUGCCCCCUAGAGGGAGGAGCCGGAGGUCAGUGCUGACGUGGGCUGCUGGCUGGAUUUCCUUUAAAUUCACGCACUUGGACAAAAUGGUGUGAGCCUAGCAGUCGCCUCCCUCGCCUUGAUUCUCUGCGAGGUGUUCCUGUUUGUCCAGAGGCCCCUUUUCCCGGGCUGCACGGGGCCUGCCCUCUGCUUACCUGCCGCCACCUUCGCUGCGAAUGAGCGUUUUCCCUUUUCCCAAUCCUCUACUGUUCCGGGUGCUGCGUGCUGCCCAUGCCAGGGUCCCAGCUCGCCCAAGCACGGAGCUGGUCCCCAGGCAGCCACUGCGACCCCAGGGUCCGUUCCCCUCGCAGAACUUGCACUCCGCCCUCCCAACACACCGGGGUCAGGAGCUGCCACUCACAUCCAGGUGAAAUGAAGGUACUGACUUACGUCCGCCCCUUGCCUCGUGCCUGCUUUGGCCCACCUACAGGCUGUUGGCAAUCCCACGUGUGGCUGGGGUCCAAACCGGAGCUGGGACUUGUUACCCUCUGGGUGGUUUAAUUCUUCACGCGCAUAUCAUUGGUUCUUGUGGGGACCCAGAGGGCCAGCACAGACCCUGGGCUGGCAGCAGAUAUGCCUCCAUCUCCUUUGCCUCAGGCAGCGUGGCUCUGGAUGUCAGGAAAGACUGGUCUCCGGGCCCUUCGGGGACUCCCAUGAGGCCAGGCCCCUCCCCCAACCCAUCCCUUUCCCCAGUAGUAUAAGGUGAGUCAGGCAGGAAGCAUGUGGUUUCCUUUUCAUGCAUGAAAAGUAAAUUUGUACUUUAUAGAGCUAAAAUAGUGAUCAUUUUUGUUUUUGUAAUCUCUACCUUAACCCCAUAAUUUGAGCCAAACAGGAUCCUUUUUCUCCACCUGAUUGCCCCACUGGAGGACUCAUGUGUGCGUAAUUUGGGUCUCAUCAUUUCCUAUUUGCUUUUAGUGGAAAGUAAGAGUAGGGGACCUUUGUCCACAUGAGGUGGGGGGUGGGCAGGGAUCUGAGACCAGACUGUUUCUCUCAUCCCCCAACUCACAAGUAGUUUACUUCAUCCCCCAAAACUCAGGAUCUGAUCUCAGAGGUGGAAAUUGCAUUGCAAACUCAGUAGCUUGCCAGAAAAAAACAUUUUGAGUUCAUAAAACAAGCAGUGAAAACAGGUUCUUUUCAGUUCAAGCUGCCCCUUGUUGCCGGUCCCAACUGGUCUGCCACUUUUAGCUGAGACCUGAAAAUGACACUGUGGUAGAAAAGCCUGUGGGGGCGGGUACUGCACCAGCCUGGGUCUCCCGUGGGCCUCUUCUGCCCCCUGCUGACUGAG